ACGCCAACCAAUGAGAUGGAGAGGAAGGCGGGAUGACGCGGCUCGCCCACCAAUCAGAGCAAGGGGGCGGGGCUAAGUGGGAAGCGUUCGAGGCCUGGCCGGACGGCGGAGCGCCGCGCAGUUCCUCCCCCUCCAUCCGUUCCCACCAUGAACGUCUUUGAUCGCACCAUCAACCUGGACGCCCUGUUCAAGUUCUCCCACAUCUCUGCGUCCACCCAGGCUCACCUGCAGCGCGUCUAUGGCAGCUUUGCUCUGUGUAUGCUGCUGGCGGCCGGGGGGGGCUACGUCAGUGUGCUCACCCAGCUGGGGCAGCUGAGCGUGCUGUGCGGGCUGUGCUCCCUGGGGCUGAUGCUGGGGCUGAUGCGAACCCCUCACAGCCGGGACACGGAGCUGCAGCGCCUGGGGAUGCUGGCGGGGUUCGCCCUCCUCACCGGCAUCAACCUGGGCCCCUCCUGCAAGAUGUGCAUCGCCAUCGACCCCAGUCCUUUCCCCACGGGCCUUCCUGGCACGGCCGCCAUCUUCGGCAUGCUUUCUCGCUCCAGUGCUCUGUACGCCCGGCGCCGUUCAUGCUUCCUCUACCUGGGAGGGUUCCUGCUCUCUGCUCUGUCUUGCUGUGUGCUCUCGACCCUGUUCAUGCCCUGUCUGGACUCCACUUGGCUCUUCACGGCCAACCUGUACAUGGGGCUGAUGCUGAUGUGCGGCUUCGUGCUGUUCGACACUCAGCUCAUCAUCGAGAAGGCAGAGAGCGGAGAUAAGGAUUAUAUCUGGCACUGCGUGGAUCUCUUCCUGGAUUUCGUCAACAUCUUUCGGGAGCUGCUGAUGAUCCUGGGGCUGAAUGAGGUGGGAAAG